CGGACAGAGGUGCGUCCAAGAUCUCCGAGUCACCUCGGUGUUCUGGGUCCUUAGCCCGAGCCAGCGGCGCAGACACGCAGCUCUGUUCAGGAGGAAGCUAAAGGUGUUUUUCAACAAUAUCUGCACUUUGAGAGCUAAAUCAAAGUCUGGACCUGCUGACCUUUUUCGUCCGAGAGAGUGCGGUUUGACUAACUGCAUGAAAACCCAGCGGGCAUCUGCGGCUCUCUGACCAGUUGCUUUUGUUGGCACGUGACCGCUGAGACGCAUCUGGGGCUGCAGAACUCCCCAUGGAUUUUGUUGGCGACUUUGACUUGAUGAAGUUUGGCGUGAAAAAGGAGACGAUGCAGUGCCUGGACAGAUCCUUCAUAGGGCCAUGCGGCCCGCUCCAGAGACCCGACUCCGUCUCCUCCACCCCUGGCAGCACACCCUGCAACUCGGUACCAUCGUCUCCAAACGUGGUCCCAAACGAGCAGAGGAACAACCCGGGGAACGACCAGUUCUGGAUGCCCAGCGGGGGGUACCCUCAUCAGAUGUACCCUCAAGCUUUUGGCCUGACCCCCGAGGACGCCAUGGAGGCCCUGAUCGGUGCCACGACGCAGCAGGGACACCUACCUGCGCCCCACAACCAGCAUCCGCAGGCUUUCCAGGCUGAGUACGAAGGGUACAGCCACCUAAACGAACCAGUCCAGCACUACCCGGGCCUUCCGGGUCACCCUGACAUGCAGGGGAUCCCCAACAGCCACUGCCAAGACCCCUAUCUUAAAGAUGAACUAGGGAGCGCGUCCCCAGAGUCGCCGGACGCAGAAGUUCUUGGUGCGCACCACCAUCUCCAGCAGCCGCACAGCCGCCACGACCGGCGGUCCCCCGCAGAGGUGCACUUCUCCGAUGAGCAGCUGGUGUCCAUAUCCGUCAGGGAGCUGAACCGGCUGCUCAGAGGCCUCAGCAAGGACGAGGUGAUGCGUCUGAAGCAGAAACGUCGAACCCUGAAAAACAGAGGUUACGCGCAGUCGUGCCGCCACAAGCGCGUGCAGCAGAAACACAUUUUGGAGCACGAGAAGACGAACCUGGCGUCGCAGGUGGAGCAGCUAAAACACGAGCUGGGCCGGCUCGUGAGGGAGAGGGACGCGUACAAACUCAAAUGUGAGAGGCUGUCCGGAGCGAACUGCUACCACGAAACCGGCUCCACCAGCGACAACCCGUCCUCUCCAGAGUACCUCAUGUGAGUUGGCUUUGUUCCUGGAGGUCUCACCUCCUCCUGGUUUCAGACCAUCUUCAUCAGAAAGACUAAAGAGUGCAACAGAAAAAUAAUAAAAACACCUGCAGUGAAGCAUGCAUGCUGGACAUGUGUGAGAUUUUUUAUUUUAUACUAUAUUUUAUCUGACAGGAGAUACUUGAAAUCAGAGAAUAUUGACUUUAAUCACAUUUCAUUUAGUUCGGCCUAAUCCGCAUUUGACAGUUUUUGCUUUUGUGCUCAGAUUUAGUUUGGUGUUGAUUUGUCUGAAUGAGCUAAAAUCGGAUCUCUGACUCUGCUAGACACAGACAUGGUCCAUAUCUUCUCCUCUUUUUAAAGCAGGAUCACGAUGUCGCCAGAACAGAAGGAAUGCAGAUUGUUUUUACUCUGUCUUUUGUUUCUUCAUUAUCUUUGGAUCAAUAAAACUAUUGUGACUUUUUAAUAUCGCGUCUCAUCUGCUGAGAAAUUAUUUGAUUUACUCCAGAAAAUUCCUCCUCAUAGACUUUUGUUUUUUGUGAGAUUUUUCCUGAAAUCUCCUUUAAUGUGUUCUUUUUUAUUUUCAUUUUAUUUAUUUUAUUUUUUUGUCGUUUUUGCGGAACAAUAAAAAAAAACACUGGACGCUGUAUGAAAUGAGAGAAGAUUACAAAUAAAACUGAUCACAUUCUCUA